AUGGAGGACGUGGGGCUGCGGAGCGGGCGGGAGCGGCUGCCCGGCGGCGACCCGCGCCUCGGCGCCGCGCUGGUGGAGCCGGGGCCGGUGGUGGUGAUGGUGGAGCAGCGGGCGGCCGAGGGCUACAAGCUGGUGGAGGUGCUGCUGAGCGGCGGCGCGCCGUGGGGCUUCACCCUGAAGGGCGGGCGGGAGCACGGCGAGCCCCUCAUCAUCACCAAGAUUGAAGAUGGGAGCAAGGCUGCAUCUGUGGACAAGUUACUGGCUGGGGAUGAAAUUGUUGGCAUCAAUGACGUGGGCCUCUCUGGUUUCCGACAAGAAGCAAUCUGUCUGGUGAAAGGCUCACACAAGACGCUAAAGCUUGUAGUAAAAAGAAGAAAUGACCUAGCCUGCAGGCCUCACUCCUGGCAUGCGACCAAGUUUACAGAAAGUCAACCUGAGACAGCCACGUCACACCUUCCUUCAUCCAAUGCCUGCACUUCCUGGCACUCACGGUAUCAUGCAAGUUGUUCUUCUCAUGACCUGUCAAACUCCUGGGAUCAGUCAAAUCUACAUCGUGCUUCUGACCAGUUCAGUUCUUUGGGAAGUAUGGACAGCUGGGACCAAACUCCUCAAGUAGCCCAGUACGGGAGACUUUCUUCUGCAAGGUCUAAUAGUAGCAUUGAUCAUCUAGGGAGCCAAAGUAAGCGGGAUUCAGCCUACGGGUCUUUCUCCACAAGUUCUAGCACCCCUGACCACACUCUAUCCACUGCAGACACUUCUUCAACAGAGAACAUGCUGUACAAAGUAGGUCACUGGGAGACUGCUAAACAAGGAAACAAGUCUGGCCAGUUCUUGAACGAUAACAGUGGAAUAGAGGACAAGCCUGGAUAUUUGCCAGCCCCCGUCCAGUACGAGAAUAACAAAAGUCCUAGAAUAGAGGAACACCCUGAUGUCAAGCUCGCUGGCUCUGGAAGAUCUAGUUUUGGACCCGUCUGGUUUGUUCCUGAUAAGAGGAAGUCUUCCUCUCCUCCCCCACCACCUCCACCUCUUCGUAGUGACAGCUUUGCUGCUACCAAAGGCCAUGAGAAAGCCCAGGGCCCUGUGUACUCAGAGAGUGCCAGCACGCAGCACUUUACAGCCCUGAACCGAUCUCAGCCCAGGAAUGACUGGAACUCAGAAACUGUGGAGCAGCAACGGCGGCCUUCCAGAGCGUGUGACAGGAGGGUCAGCGGCUCAAAUUAUAAAUCUGAUCUCAGUUCAGAACAUACUUUUCCUGCAGCUGCUGAAAGGUACAACAGUAGCACGGGAACUGCGAGCAAGCUGCAGUCAUCCUUGUCCAGUACUGAUGUUCGGUUUGCACAGCCCACUUACAGUUACCACCACCAGCACCAGUACAGUGAUGAAAGCACUUUUUUUCACAAUGCAAGAAUGUUAGCUGCGCCUAAAGAGCAGCAACCUUUUCUUUCCUAUAGCGGCAUUCAGGAGUUACCUACUGAUCAUUUUCAUGGAUACAGUCUAAACCACACCAGGCUGCUCAACACGUGCUCUUCUUCAAACAGUGCUGCUGAACAGAAGGUGGACAACACUGGACAGAGUCGCUAUUAUUGUGUGACAGCAAAACAGCCUGCUCAGGGAAGUUCAAAGCCACUGCAGCUCAAGGAUGACAGCUGGAAACCUGCAGUGGGGGCUGAUGCAUCUCUUGGACCUUAUGAAAACCCUGCAGUUGUCACUAUGGUCCAAAAACCAAAAUACUAUCUACCUCAACAAUCUGUUGAAUCUUCUCUGGAAGGAUGUGAGAACAGUAGUCAUUACACAGUGGACAGAGAGGGGGAUGUUAGAUCUGCCAUAGUAGAAGAGGCUAAAAAACCCAAUCAUGCUGAAAAGUCUGGGCAAAAGAAAAGCUUUGAGAGCAGCUUCGAUGAAAGUGAAGCUAAGUACUGUCAACAGGAGUAUGUAAAGGGCUGUGUCCUUACCACUGAGAACAGAGCUGCUCAGAAAGAUUUUAGGUGGGGGAAAGACGAGAGUAGCAAGAUUUCUCCUCAGAGGACCCCAAUGUUGCACUCUUUGGCUCAGGAAGGGAAAAAACAAUCUGACAACAGCCCAGAAGCUGUAACAGAGCCACAGCCCCCAUUUGACACUCACUUGUCUAAACAGGCACGAAGGAGCAAUCGUUUUGCAACAACCCUGAGAAAUGAGAUCCAAAUGAGAAGAGCAAAGCUGCAGAAAAGCAGAAGCACGGCUACUUUAAUAGGGUCGUGUGAGACAGAGGAGAGCAAUGAGAACUGGAAGCCAGAUUCAUCAGAAAAUGUAAAUGCCUCCCCGGAUACCAGCUUUACUAGCACCUACAAAGAUCACCUAAAGGAAGCACAGGCCAGGGUUCUGCGGGCAACUUCCUUCAAACGGCGGGACUUGGAGCCCAGCCCUGCUGAAUAUCCCCCCAGGUCACCAGAACGGAAAGCUGGUAGUUACAACUCUUCAUUAUUGGCUUUGGUUUCUGAAGAUGCGUCUGGAUUCCUUGAGGCUACGCAAGCUAAACCGAACCCUACAGGGAGUGGCGCUCAUCACGUUUCGCGCAUCGGAGCCAGGAAGAGGUUCACAACAGAGCAAAAACUGAAGUCUUAUUCUGAACCGGAGAAGAUGAAUGAAGUGGGGAUGUCAGAGGAUGAGUGCCAUGCUCAUUGCCAUCCCAAUGCAUCCGAAGAAGUCUUGGGCUCAUUUGCGGACAGGUGGAAAUUUUUUGAAGAAACAAGUAAGCCUUCAUAUAGAAAGUCUGCACAGAAACCAACUCCCCACAGUCUGCUUGAGGGACAGCCUGAGAGGGCUGACAGAAAAGCAUACGGUGGACAAGAGGGAGACGAGUCAUGGUAUGAGAGAAGAGGUCGGGCAGCCUCUGUUGGACUUGAACCUGCACAUGCUUCCAAAGGUAACGUCCACCACGGUAGCAGCAGUAAGGCUGCUGACAGGAUUGUGAAAUCUGAACAGCCGCAGCGCCUGGGAACCUUUGCAGAGUAUCAGGCGUCGUGGAAAGAGCAGCGGAAGCCCAUAGAGGCAAGGAGUUCAGGGAGAUACCAUUCAGCGGAUAAUAUCCUUGAUGCCAGCCACGAACAGCAUGAGAAACCCCAGUACACCCACGAGAGGUCUAGAUCAUCGCCUUCGACUGAUUUCUACAAACAGGAAGUCUCACUCGAAGUAAGGAGGCAAGCAGAGGAUUUAAAGGAAGAUGGGGAGCGUACUUUCUCUAAAGUUAACAACUUGGAUGAAAAGAACUACGCUGUAAGGCAAGCUGAUAUUGGGGCCCUAAGAGAAAACCCACGGGAAAAAAGGGAUCAGCUGGACCAGAAUAUAGGCCACAAGUGGAAGGCAUCUGUCAGACCUUUGCAUGCAAGAGAGCCUACGGUUUUGUCUCACGAAAGCCGCGGGAGAUCUGGGACACUGCCUAGUGAUUACAGAUACUCUCAGGAAAACGUGAAUGAGAAAAGCAAGGAUUGCAGUUUGCCUCAUCUCACGUGCUCUGAGCCACAGAGCUUGAACGAGAACCACUCCCGUCUGUCCCAGGGCACUGGAGAGGAAAAUCGUAGAGCAGAGCCGGCGCUUCUCAAUAAGAAACGUGGACCUGCUCCUCAGAGGCCUCCGCCACCUAAAAGAGAUAAAUACAGGCGACCAGAUAAUUCUGCACCAUCACUUGGCACCUCUUCUGAAUCUUUGCUGGUAGCACCCAGCCAUCCCUUUCCGUCCUCUUCCCCCAGCUCUGCGGAAGUAUUUACGAGCCACUCAUCUCUCUGUCAGAGUCCUGCAGCUUUCAAUGGAAAACUAAAGAGUGCUAACCCACAGGAAGUCCUGCAAGCGUCAUCCACGGAGAAUGUUUGUCAGCACUUAGAAGAAAAAACGCACCUUAAGUCCGAACCUGUGUUAUCCUCCAAGUAUCGGUACCUUCAGAAACCGGGCAUGGAGACGUCAAGGUCCCCUUCUCCUCAGUUUGCACCACAGAAGCUCACUGAUAAACCUCCUGUGUCUGUACAGGAUGAGAACCCAGCCAGAAUCGAAAGAGUUAUAGACAACAAUACUACAGUGAAAAUGGUUCCCAUCAAGAUAGUUCAUUCUGAGAGCAGUGCAGAGAAGGAGAGUCGGCAAGGUCUUGUGAGUACAAUGGAACCUCUUGCUUUACCCAGUGGCUUGGAAAAGGACCAAAUUAAAACACUCAGCACUUCUGAGCAAUCCUACUCACGAUUCUGUGCUUACACCAGGCAAGGUGUAGAGCCAGAGCCAGAAACCAAAACCAAACCAGCUGAGCCUCAACCAGCUGAAGAACCUGGGAACAACCUGAAGGACAGCAGUGCUGCCGUGCCGGCAGUCAGCUAUGUAAAGGCCAAAGAGAAGACCUUUGAAGACUGGAAGUCAGAGGAACUCGCCAGAGAGAUUGUGGGAAGAGAUAAAUCUCUAGCAGACAUCCUAGAUCCUAAUAUGAAAAUAAAAACAGCAAUGGAUCUGAUGGUUGGAAUAUUCCCUAAAGAUGAACACCUCCUAGAAGAAGCUCAGCAGCGCAGGAAGCUCCUGCCAAAAGUUCCUUCCCCAAAAAUUUCAGAAGAGAAGAAAGAGGAGCAGAAUGCGCCAUCCGCCAUCUCCCUGACAACCAAUUCGACUUACUACAGCACAUCUGCACCGAAGGCUGAGCUGCUGAUUAAAAUGAAGGACAUGCAGGAACAGCAGCAACAGCAGCAGAGUGAAGAUGAUUCUGAAGAUGAGCUGGAUCAUGACUUGUCAGAAAAGAAGCAAGAACUUAUUGACAGCAUUAGUAGGAAGCUGCAGGUGCUGAGGGAAGCACGGGAGACACUUCUGGAAGACAUCCAAGCAAACAAUAUCCUGGGGGAGGAGGUGGAAGCCAUUGUGAAAGAAGUCUGCAAACCAAAUGAAUUCGACAAAUUCAAGAUGUUUAUCGGGGACCUGGACAAAGUGGUCAAUCUCCUGCUGUCACUGUCAGGUCGUCUGGCCCGGGUGGAGAACGCUCUUAACAACCUGGACGAAAACACCUCACCAGAAGAGCGGCGGACAUUGGUAGAGAAGCAGAAGCUGCUGACCCAGCAACAUGAAGAUGCAAAGGAACUGAAGGAGAACCUGGACCGUCGAGAGCGCAUUGUCUUUGAUAUUUUGGCAAACUACUUGAGUGAGGAGAACUUAGCAGACUAUGAGCACUUUGUAAAAAUGAAGUCGGCUCUCAUCAUCGAGCAGCGAGAGCUUGAGGACAAGAUCAAGCUGGGGGAAGAGCAACUUAAGUGUCUGACCGAUAGCCUCCAACCUGAACGGCUCAAAUAAGUUUGACCAAGGAAGUGAAAAAUGGGAAAGAAGGAAGGGAUGGGGGUGUUUCCAAGUAUACAAAUGAAUAUCUUGGCUUUUCUGAGUGUCCGAUAGAGAAACGAGUGCACAAGAGAAAAAUAGCUCUCACAGCAGCAAUAAUACUCUUUCAUUUUUUGGGAUGAUGUAUUUAAUUUUUUAGAACACAUUUUUAUUGCUGGACUCUACAGCCACUUCUCAUUGCUUAAGUUACAGAAAGCUCCACAGAAAAGGAUAGACUCUUAACGUUCCUGCUCCGUAAGUUGAAAGUCUGUGGCAGUUGUGCAUGCAACCACUUUUUAGAGUAGGAUGUAUACUUUCUUUAUGUUCAGAGGCUGUACAGAUUGCUGGGAAACCCAAUAGCAAUUUAUGAAUGCACACAAAUUUAGAAGCUCUGAAUAUAGUGGCUUUUUUUUUUUUAAGACACGUUAAAUAGGGGAAGUCUGCCUCUUAUACCUAAUAUAUUCAGAUUGCUGAAAUGUAGUGUCACUCUGAUCCUGUGGCAUCAGACACUUUUUUGUAAUAUUGUAGAUAAGGUGGCACUUUCCCCUCACAGAAAAUAACUUUAAAAUCAGUCUCAGUUUAACACUUCUUAAACCAGCUUGCAAAUCACCUAAUAGCUACCUUAUUGAAGGUGUGGUUUUUUUAAUUAUUUUGCAAGAUGUCAUUGUACACCAUCUUGCUGUAAUACAGGUGACUUUUUUUAAAAAAUUGUGCUUGAUUUGAGAAACAGGCUGGCAGUACUGUGCUGAUUUUGUUCAAAACAUUUCUCAUCUAAAUUAUUUAGAAGCUCAUUUGUUCUUUCUUGUGCUUUUUAUGCAUGUUUUUAUUCCUCCUACCCCCAAACUGCUACAUUUUAUGAAAAUAAAUGUAGGCUAAGGACACUGCUUCUGUUUUUCUUCUGAUUGCUGAACAUUGUGAUUUUUUUUAUAGACAGAUAAAUUAUACUGAAGUUGACCUGCAUAAAUGCUGUUCCCUUUCUACUUUCUCAAACUACCAAAUGCAAUAUAAACAAUUUCUGCCAUGUAAAUACUGUGCAUUAUUUGGAACAAUUCUGCUUUGUAACUGUGAACAUAAGUGUUUGUUUUUGUUGUUUUCUUCACAGUGAUAAAGUUUGGUUUUUUACACAGUGAUAAAUGAGAAGAUGCUAUUUCACCCUAUCAGGUUACUGGUUCUGUUCUAGUAAUACUGCCAUUGACUGUAACGUGUGAUGUCCAAUAGCUCUAAAAAGAGGUGCUAACUCAUGUUUUAGCACAGCAAUAGGUUAUGCUGACUUGCUGAGAUACUUACAGAGAAAUUCUGCAGUGUCUAAAUGUUGUGUUCUAAGUUAAGAUAAAGUUUUGUGGGCAAAGGAGAGUCUUGGAUGACUUUGUGUAUGCCGUUUUCAUUGUAGUAAGGAAACCAUUUAUCUCUCCUUAAACUAAACAAACAUUGCUCAACAGGAAGCCAUUUUUGAGGCCAACGUGAAUGCCGGUCUGUAGCUAAACAGGUUGGAAAUACGAGUAGUAAGAUGUUAAAAGGAGAGAGAAAAGAAUUCUUUCCACUCUCGGUGCAGUGGCAGCGUUCACCGAAGAUUCUUGUUCUUCUCACCUGAAUCACCUCUUUCCCAGGGAGAGAACUGGAGAGGGAGGCUCUGACCAGUGAAUACCUUGCAAGCUGGGGAGUUGGUGCGAAAAUCUUCUGGAACCAGUUCCUUCAUGGACAGGUGCAAACGCUUAAAGGACCGUUACCCUGUUAUAGUGCACUACUUUGUAUACCUGGACCAAAUCUGUAAUGAAAUUGUUGUCUAUCAGCUGAGGUCAAAUGGGGCUACCAUGUUACAAGACCUGCAGCUGCCCUUACUUUCUUCCUCUAGGUCUGAAAGCUAGUCUUCUGGCAUCUCACAAUUACUUGCUGCUAUGUUCCUAGGACAAGUGAUCCCUUUUGUCCUUACUUAUCCCUUAACCGUAACAAACCCAAAACUAAACAAUUCCCAAAUAAAUUAUGCUUAUCUUUAGCUUGGAGAAGAGUGUGCAUUGUUUUAUCUGUGGCAUUUUAAAGAUUUUGCAUAUUGUGGUUACUCUGAAAUGUGUAUGUGAAAUGUGAAUAAUAAUAUAAUUACAAUGUGUUUGUAUACAGUACUUUGAUUUAGAUCUUUCUGAUAAAAGGUAGCAAUAUUGUGAAUGCUAUAUAUAUUAUCCCUUUCACAGAACAGUUGUGUAGACACCAUUUUCUCCUUUUUUUUUUAAAACUGUUGAAAAUCUCUCACUCUGGGAACCUGAAGAUGUUUGCCUCCCAAUGUUAUAUGUAAAUCUGUAAAUAGCUAUACUGUUGCUCUUUGAAAAAAUCUGGUGCUAAUGUUUUGCCUUUGGCAUCCUGGGGAUGGCUGUUUCUUCACCUUAUGUUCUUAGUUUUAGAUCUCUUUGUUUAGUGAAAGAUUUCCACUAUGUUCCGCCAGUUGUUUGGAUCUUGCAGCCCAGAGUGAAAAUGUACAGUUUUCCUGCAUAACACUUAACACUUACCUACUGAAAAAUGGUAUUGCUUGACUUGGAGAAAAUAAACUGUAUAUUUCGAUGUACGG